CCCUGUUGGUACGAGUGUGAUUAGAGAUUGACAGUACGUCGUUUUGGGGACACACAGAAACGUCGGCAUACGCCUCCCCCCUCGCCUCCCGACCCAAACACAAUGCCACCACAUUCGUCCCCCUCCGACGAGGAAGACGAUUACCAAUCCAUCAACUUGUUGGAAUCACCCGACGCUCAGACUCCUCCUGCUGUGUCCGACACGACGCGUCCGACGGCAGGCACGACACCGUCGCCGGCCACGCAAACGCUCCAUCAGCUCUCGCAAGUUGAGACCGUGGACUUGCGUUACGAUCAUUCCCAACUCACUCGACACCAGUCUGCUGCUCCCGACAGCUCUGCCGCAACCAGUGUCGGUGAUUCGGGCUCGCGUAACAAUCACACUCCCGUCACCCGCAACCAUCCCCAACCGCGUCGUACUUCCAGGAAACCCGGACAAGCUAAUCCCGGGAAACCCGUACAGCAAUUCCGUCACGGCCUCCUCGUACAGACCUUUCCUUCUCUCCGAAACGCCGCUUUGCUCACGGGGCUUUCCCGACGCUUUCUUAUGCAGCAGUGUCGGGCCGGCCUUACCGCAGUCCACGGCACGACGACCCUUACCGCCAACAACACCCACACCGAGCCCGUCCACGACGAAUGGCGGUACGCUCUGGAAACAAACACGCCCACGGUGUCUCCCCUCCCUCUUACCGUCACGCAGUCGACGUCGUCCCCCGAUCGCAUCGCAGCGCUGCACAACUUGGCGGAACGCCUCGCACCCGACUACCAACUCGUCCACGUCACGGUGCCGCCACCGGAUUCCGUGACAUUGACAUCCACCACCCCUGUGGUUUCCUUGGGAUUGAGUAUUACCCGUUCCGAACUCCCGAUUGCCUUGCGACGGCACGGUAUACCGUCGGCAACGGACACAACCAACCGUAUACGUGGCUGUCGUGUUGAUGCACUGGCCACGAACAGUUGGGCCGGGCGGUGUGGGGUUCGUGUGGACGAUUGGUUUUUACACGUGGCGGAGGGGUCGACGCACCAGGCCAUCACGACGUCCCCCUUGAUCCCCCUCGUCACCAUGGCGUCCUACGAUGACUUUGUCACUCGAGCCAAAAGCUGGGGACGGCAACAACAUUCAACCGACGGUACCGCCGAGACUCUGCCGCCCAUGGAGUUGUACCUGGUGCGGCGAAAGGUCACUGCCCCACCGGCCACCGUCGUCAACCUUGCUGACCCUUCCGCAGCGACCGUCAAUGAUGUACCGCACCGGGGGCCACUAGUGUCUCCCAACGAUCCACGCAACCGUGACGGUCUAGCGCUGGGCCACCCUGCAACACCCGCCGAGACAGCGACUGUUCGCAAAAUCCACGUGCACUCGACGCCGUCCAAGACGACGUCGACAAAGCGAUCCGAACCGAAAAAGCCGCCGGUGGACAGUCGAAACCCAACCGCACAUUCUAUUCGUACCAAUCGAGUGCAAGCGAAGCGUACUCCGGACAAGUCGUGGAUUCUUCCAAACCCGGUCGCUUUUUGCCACAAGUGCAACGGACGAUUGGUCAAGGUCCAUCACGCCUGGUGCCGGAAACACGCACAGUUUGCCAAUUCGGGAGCCGAUGACAUUCUGGAACGUAUCACGCAGGGUGUACGGCUGGGCUGUGCCGCGUGUUGGCAAGAAUACCAAAAGGGGCGAAUUCUCAAAGACGAGCCGCACAACUACGAGUGUUUGGAGCGGCAAAAGUCGAUACCGUCGUCUAGCAAUGACGAAGCGGAACCCACGCAGUCCCUAGAAAAGAGGCCGCGAGAAGGAAUUGCGCCAAAGAAACACAUCCGAGACCAGGAUUUCCCUUUGAAGCGACGCAAGUUGACCAACGCUCGGCUUGAACAACCUUACCAACGACCAACGGAUGUCAAGCCGUGGCUUGCCGAAUUGCAAGAUUCGGACGUUGGAGGGAAUGACAGUGAUUUAUCGGCUUAUCAAGAUCCUGACGCUCCACGUCGACGACCAAACCUAAAGGUCGCUCACCGAGGAGUCCAGAUUUCGAAUACAAAAAUAGGCAAGACGGCAAAGUCCAAAGCUUCGUUGGUAACCAACGGCAAGGCCAAACACGGCAUUCACAAAUUGCCGAAAGAAUCUCAGCGUCCCCUGAAAAAGUCUCAAUCUUCUAAAGGCAAGGAGACGUCGAUUACGUCUACUGAACCCAAGAGUGCUGAAACAGCGCCAUCAAUUGUGCAACGGGAGAAUUCCUUGAGUCGAAAUGCAUAUAUCGUUGAAGACGAUUUUCAGAUGGCUCAAAAGCCUGAUUCGGUGAUAGAUGACGAGAGCACUUCGGCAGGGGUAGACUGGGAGUCCUGUGAAGAUCCUUGGGGUCCCCCAGGCCACACCGAGGGGGAUGUGGUCUUGUUUGCACCUGCAACCGGAUUGGGACACCACGAAACAAUUCUGCCAUCCAAACGCUACGAGGCUGCUCCAUUUUCUUCCUCGACACGUUACUGUAGAACCCAUCGUACUCCCCAGGAAGGGUUUCACGCGUUGGUGCUUCGUAGAGAUCCACUAGCUGAUCGGCCGUGGGGCUUUGAGUGCUGUCGACAUGAAUUUGGAGGCGCUUGUCUCGUGGAGACCGUUGAGCCGUUGUCACCGGCGGCAUCCGCGGUAUUUGUCGGCGAUUUAAACAAAGCAGGAUCCGGGCCGGGGUUGCUCCCAAAAGAUUUAUUGAUAUCCAUCAACGGCAGACUUGUCGGUGGAAUGACUGAGAUCGGGCUAGACAUUGAGCUGGAAACGAGUGGAGCUGAAAUGAUUCUUUUGGUCUCGCGGUAUAAAUUUUCUGACCAGCUGCGGGUCCGCAUACAAAAAGCUGAGCGGAAAGAUUGGGAUACGAUUGACAUCUCCCUGAACGACGACCGUCUCGUGGACUGGACCGAUAUCGGAAGCGAAGAACAAAGAUCAGGCAUUGACGAGGUGGGACAAACGGAACUGAAAGAAGAUAGCACCGGAGAGCUGACAUGCUCACGUCAUAUAGCUGACACACAAUCAGAUGACGGGCAUAGCCGUUUGUCCCCUCGCUGCACUCGAACGAUUUCGCCUGUUCCGCCUUCCUGUCCUACAGAGUUAGUCGUUGAAGAGAUCCUAAAGGAGCUUUCUCAGCACGAAAUAGCUUUGGAGACGCGGCCUCAAAUGGGCUGCCAAGGUCUGGUGCCGACGCUUUGCUCCCCAACACCAAACAUGGCUUCGGAUCCAGGAAGGGCACAAGUCUCUAACUCAGAUUCAAUGACAGGUACGAAAGGGUCUCUCGUCACGGCCGAGAAAGAAGCCGCACAGAUAAUGGCUGCCGGCUUUGCUCCGAUAAAUGGAGAGUCUUCUCGUGUGCAUCAAACUUCGCUUGCUUUUCUUGCAAACUUGCCCGGUGACGUGUCAUCAACAGAAGUAUCGACUACUGGCGGGGUGCCCCUAAAGUCUACGGACAGACUGUCACCAGAUGAGGUCUCUGCACAUAUGGCAAUCAAGAGGAGCCUUUCCCAAGAUGUCAACACUUCGCAAUUUGUCAAACACAGCUACGGCAUUUCGCCGGUGCAACUGCAUCAAGACUCCUGGAUCGAUACACGGACCAAUACCAAUGAGCAAUCCCAAUGUUCGAAGCAAUCUAGCAAUGAGGACAAGUGGGAAGACGACGAAAAUGCCUGGGUUGGCUGUGUAUGUACCAAGAUCCAUAGUAAAGGCGUACGUGUGUUCUGGAUCCAAUGCGAUGACUGUGACACUUGGUACAACGUCUCGGACAAUUGCGUCGGUUUCUCUCAGCAAAAGGCUAAACAAUUAGAAGUCUGGCAUUGCUGGGCCUGCGAUCACAGUAAUGUCGAGGAAAAGGAAGUCGUUCCUCCGUCAUCUUCGGCCAAGCACGUGCCAGCCGUCUCAGCAGAACACCAUAACGGCACUCCGGUUUUCCGUCGGCUUGACUCUAGCAAACCUACCAAAUUCAGACUCCCCGAAUCCGAGGAAUCACCAUCGGCGCUUCCGGCGAUGCCAGUUACGACACGUCGACGCCGUUCGGAAUCUCAAGCGACACAAUCGUCAACUACCCCGUCUGACCAGGUGUUCGCCGAGGGCGCUUUUGUCUCCGUGCAGCAGCACGCCUGGCCGGGUGUCAACAACGAAGCGGGUAUAGGUCAAGUUUUGAAAAGGGACAAGGAUGAAGAUGGUGAUGUCGUGUACGAUAUCAAAUAUAUAGUGGGCGGCAUUAAGAAGGGGAUCUUGGCCGAAUACGUGCGUUCGCACGUCUUCUGA